GUGGUGCCGGGGAGCGGGAGAAGGUGGCGGCCAACCCCGAGGCGCUCCUGCUCAUGGCCAGCUCCCAGCGUGACAUGGAAGACUGGGUACAGGCCAUCCGCCGGGUCAUCUGGGCCCCGCUUGGCGGAGGUACUGCCCGUAGCUCGCAUGCCCACCCUCUAGAGCCCUUGCCUGCAGGGAUCUUUGGGCAGCGCCUGGAGGACACAGUCCACCACGAGCAGAAGUAUGGCCCCCGCCUGGCGCCGCUGCUGGUGGAGCAGUGUGUGGACUUCAUCCGGGAACACGGCCUCUCCGAGGAGGGGCUCUUCCGCCUGCCGGGCCAGGCCAACCUGGUGAGGGACCUGCAGGAUUCCUUCGACUGUGGGGAGAAGCCCCUGUUUGACAGCACAACGGACGUGCACACAGUGGCCUCCCUGCUGAAACUCUACCUGCGGGAGCUCCCUGAGCCCGUGGUCCCCUUCGCCAGGUAUGAGGACUUCCUCAGCUGCGCCCAGCUGCUCACCAAGGACGAGGGGGAGGGGACUCUGGAGUUGGCUAAACAAGUGAGCGACCUUCCUCAGGCCAAUUACAACCUGCUCAGAUACAUCUGCAAGUUUCUGGAUGAAGUUCAGUCCCACUCGGAUGUCAAUAAGAUGAGCGUCCAGAACCUGGCGACCGUUUUUGGACCUAACAUACUACGGCCACAGAUAGAGGACCCAGUGACCAUCAUGGAAGGCACUUCGCUAGUCCAGCACCUGAUGACUGUCCUCAUCCACAAACACAGCCAGCUCUUCACCGCGACAGCCCUGGAAGGGCCCACCUCCCCACGUGGGGGUCAGCAGUGCACAGUGGGAUGGGGAUCCGAGGAGGUCCCUAGGGACAGCCAGGGAGAGCCUGGUGGCCCUGGUCUGCCCACACACAGGACCUCAUCUCUGGACGGGGCCACGGUGGCCAUGCUCUCCAGAGCCUCUCCCAUGGGUCUGGGUGGCCGGUGCAGCCCUGCUGCCACCAGCCCUGGGAAGAAAGUGCAGACUCUGCCCAACUGGAAGUCUUCCUUCUGGCAGUCAGGGUCCCGGUCAGGAAGCCCGAAGGGGGGCAGCUCAUCCCUGGAGGUGCCCAUUAUCUCCUCCAGUGGGAACUGGCUCAUGAACGGGCUCUCCUCUCUGCGCGGCCACCGCCGGGCCUCAUCGGGAGACCGGCUCAAGGACUCAGGGUCGGCCCAGAGACUGUCCACCUACGACAACGUGCCCCCGGCCAGCCCCUUCCCCAGCACUGCCAACGUGGCCAGCACGGCAUGGUCCGGGGCCCCGUCCUCGGGAGAGGCCUCGGCCCGGGGCUCGCUCAGCAGCUGCACAGCCUGCAGGGCCAGCGACUCGUCCAUGUGCAGCUCCCUACACACUGAGUGGGCCCUCGAGCCCUCUCCGCUCCCCAGCAGCAGCGAGGACCGCGGGUCCCCAGACCUGGGCCACAGCCUGGACGGGGUGGGCGUGAGCAGCAGUGAGCCCAGCGACCCAGGCAGCCCCGGCCAGGACUACACCCGCCGCUGCCAGGCUCUCCAGGGCCUGGUCACGGAGCUCAGGGCGGAGCUGUGCCGGCAGAGGACUGAGUACGAGGCGAGCAUGAAAAGAAUUGAAGAAGGUCGUGCUGACCUGAGACAGCGCAUGUCCCGGUUAGAAGAAGAGCUGGACCAGGAAAAGAAAAAGUACACCAUGCUGGAGAUAAAGCUGCGGAACUCGGAGCGGGCGCGGGAGGACGCGGAGAGGAGGAACCAGCUGCUGCAGAAGGAAAUGGAGGAGUUUUUUUCCACCCUGGGAAGCCUGACUGUUGGGGCAAAAGGCACCCGAGCCCCAAAGUAAAAGGAGCGCAAAGCUCACUUCCUACCCUGUCUGCUCGUCUCUCCCGUCAGCAGAGCUGGCCUCUGGCCACAGGAGGAAUCAGAAGUCUCUGUAGCUCGAGCCGGGCCACCAGCGGGGCCAAGCGCCCUGGAGCCAGCUGGAGAGAGAGAUCCUGACACUCUUGUGGGGACCGUCAGGACCCCAUACCCCCAAAUAGGAUCCCAACACUGCUGCAACUAUGCAGGGCCUGGCGGGUGUCAGAAGGGGGUGAUACCUAGAGCCGCAGCCAGCCCCUCACCCAGGAAAAUCCCCAAUGCCGCCAAAAGGCAUGGCACCCAGGAUUGGGGCGGCCACCAGGAACAGUUUGCUUUCUUUAUUAAAUCUGCUCUGAAAGCACGUGCCUCA